AUGGGCAAGCUUAUAGGGUUAGAACUAUGCGAUUUCAAGUCAUACAAGGGUACCCAUGAGAUUGGAUUGGGCUCGUCUCGGUUCACUUCGAUAAUUGGGCCCAAUGGUUCAGGGAAAUCCAACUUGAUGGAUGCAAUCUGUUUUGUUUUGGGGCUCAGCUCUAGUCAACUACGUUCCCAAUCCAUGAAGGAUCUUAUUUACCGAGGAAGAAGAAGACGAAGAAGUAGUAGUAGCAGUAGAAGAUCGUUGGUCGACGAUGUUGAUGUCGACGAUUUUGCGGCGGAUCCGUUGACGGCAUAUGUUGCAGCCACAUACCGGAAAGACGAUGAAACAAUUCUAACAUUCAAAAGAAUCAUCCGACAAAACGGGUCUACAGAUUACCAAAUCAACGACAGAGGGGUGACCAAACUCAACUACAUGCUGGUUUUGCAGCUGGAGGACAUCUUGGUCAAAGCACGCAAUUUCCUCGUCUUUCAAGGUGACGUUGAACAAAUUGCUUCGCAGGCGCCAAGAGACCUAACCAAAUUGCUCGAGCAUAUUAGUGGGUCAGAUGAAUACGAGGCCGAGUACGAGCGCUUGAAAGAGGAGAUGGAAAAAGCACACGUGAUUUCAAAUAGUGUGUUUUCAAGAAAGAAAACGCUAAACUCGGAAUCAAAGCAGUACAAGGAACAGGCUAGUGAGCAGCGCCAAUUCGAAAAGCACUUGAUCUUGAGAAACGAUACCAUUAAAAAGAUCAACUUGUACGGUCUCUAUCACAAUGAAAAGAAACAUCGCGAGUUGCGCGACAGCAUAGACCAGAAAACUGCGGCGUUGACCACGGCAAAGGUGGAACUAGCUGAGAAAGAACGCGCUCUCAAGUCCUUGACUGCCGAAUAUUCGAAAUCUGUGCUUGAGCUCAAGGACCACGCAAAGAGUAUCGAAAAUCUCAAGCUGAAAUUGGAGUCAACUAAAAGGAAGUUAAUUCCCGUCAAUGCCAACAAGUCGUCAAUCGCGUCCAAGAUUGAGUCGAGAAGACGCAAAAUAGUCGAUUUGGACACCAACAUCAAAUCUCAGCAAGAGCAAAUAGCGUCAUUUGAGCGGCAAUUAAAAGAUACUGAACGGUUAUAUGAUGAAUUUGAAGCAAGGUCCAGGGCUGCUCUACAUGCUCAAGCAUCAAUAAAUGUUCCCAAAGAGGGCUUUGCGGAAUACGAACUGUUGAGGUCAACCUAUAUGGCUUCAAAUGGUUCCAUUUUGGAGGAACAGCUCUCCUUGUUUAUCAACGAAAAGGCAAACCUUGUUUCCAAUCUUGAAAGCAUUGAAACUCAAAAGUCAAAUGUUGAAUCCAGGACAAAAGAACUACAUUCCGAAAUCAGCCUAGACUUGAAACCAAAGCUUGACGAUCUCGAAGGUGAGAUAAAUCAAUUGCUUGAAACCAAAAAACAUAAAGUUACCGCAAGGGAAGAUUUGAUUAAGCAGAAGGACAAAUUCAACAAGACUGAGUUGAAGCUCAAUACAAAGCUCAGAGACUUGUUAGUGAAAUUAGAGGAACUUUCUUCGCAAGAGCGUGAAUCCAAGAAGCAACAGCGCCUAAGAGAAAAUGUUGCCAUGUUGAAAAGAUCAAUACCCGGUAGUUUCAUCAAGGGGAUAGUGCAUGAACUUGUGCGGCCAGCUCAGCAAAAAUACGAAUUGGCUUUGCUGAUCUUGUUGGGAAGAAACAGCGAUGCGAUAAUUGUUGAGAACGCCUCUACGGCUUAUAAAUGUAUCGAGAUACUCAAAGAGAGAAGAGCAGGCCUCGCCACUUUUAUUCCGUUGGACUCGGUCGAGUUUGAUCCAAUCAACUUGAACUAUUUGAGAUCUAUUGAUGAAAACGCCAUACCGGGAUUUGAUAUUGUCCACUUUGAUGAUCCAUCAUUGGAGCCGGCGAUAAGCUAUGUUAUUGGAAACACAUUGGUUGCAAACGACAUGAACACAGCUAGGUCUUUGAAAUGGAGCCAUGAUGGCCAAUUUGGCAACAAGAUUAUUACUCUUCAGGGGUCUAUAAUCCACCAAUCUGGGCAAAUGACUGGUGGCCAUCAAUUGCAAAGGCAUAGCGCCAGUGUCAGUUGGGAUAAACAAGAGAUGCGUCGAUUGAGUGAGCAGAAGGAAACCUUGGUUGAAGAGCUCUCGAAACUACAAAAGACAAAACCCAAGGAACUAGAAAUAAAAAUGUUGGCUGAGGAAAUAAGCCAGCUAGAUGACAAGCUUCCUGUUUUCAAAAACCAGAAAACUGGUUUGGAAAGAUCCAUUGGCGACAAGCAGACUGAAAUUGAAUUUCAAAAUUCUAGACAUGCCCAGUUGCAGCAGUCCUUGGCAAGCAAGGAAGAGCAGACUCGAAGUUUGGACUUGAACAUAAAUCAAAUAAAAGAGAAAAUGUCUACUCUCAAAAAUAACAUUUUCCAGGAUUUUUGCACAAAGUGGGGUCUCGAAAAUGGAAUUGGCGAGUUUGAGGAAUUGCAUGGGAAUGCUGCCAGAGCCAGGCAAAAGGAGAGAUUACAAUUUACAAAAGCGUUAUCGGUGUUGUCCAGUAAAGUCCAAUUUGAAACUGCUAGACGCGAAGAGACUGAAAAGCGCAGAAACUUGAUUCAGAAUCAAGUAGUGGAGUUGGAAGCCGAAUUGGUCAAUAUAGAAAAUCAAAGGCAGGAGUUGGAGGUUGACUGUGACAAGGUGGAGGCCGAACUAGAUGUGUUGAGGUCGGAGAGGAAAAAGGCUAAUGCUGUGGUGCAGACGAAGCUAAAGUCCUCCAAAUCCAUGGAAGCAGAUGUGCAAGAAAUGGGCGCAGAACUAUCGAAUUUGGCAAAGCAGAUUAUUCAACUUGAGGAAUCAUUGCUCAAAGUAGACACACAGAGAGGAAGCAUUUUGAGAAACUGUAAAAUCCAAAACAUAAUCUUGCCAUUACUUGACGGUGAUCUUGGUGCAAUUCCAGUCGUUUCUGACAACCUGAAUGGUGCCGCUGAUAGGCUAUAUGAAAUCGAGGUUGACUACGAGAUGCUCGACGCAAAGUACAAAGAACUUCACUGUGCCAGAUUUGAAAUCGAGCUUGAAGCUACAUUGCAGGGAAUCAACGAAAUUUUGGAGAGGUUAACACCCAACGCAAAAGCUAUGGAAAGAUUCAGAGAUGUUGAGAACAGACUCCGGUCUUAUGACCAGGAUUAUAGUGUUGCUCGGCAGAAUGAAAGAAAAGCAGCCGACAAGUUCCAGAAAAUCAAGGAAAAGAGAUUCGACAAGUUUAUGGACGCCUUCAAUCACAUCUCGGGCUGCAUCGAUGCCACAUACAAGGAUUUGACGAGAUCGCGGGCGCUAGAAGUAGGGGGAUCUGCCUACUUGAUGUUGGAAAAUGACGACCUUCCCUUUUUAUCGGGCGUCAAAUUCCACGCGGUUCCGCCUAUGAAGCGGUUUGAAGAUAUGGAAUUGCUUUCCGGGGGUGAAAAGACCAUUGCUGCAUUGGCGUUGCUCUUUGCAAUCCAUUCAUACAAGCCGGCUCCCUUUUUCGUGUUGGACGAAGUAGACGCCGCGUUGGAUAACAGCAACGUUUCAAAGAUUGGGAAUUACAUCAGAAAUCACGCUAGUCGGGACCUUCAGUUUAUUGUUAUAUCGUUAAAGAGCAGCCUUUACGAGAAAUCUGACGGCUUGGUGGGUAUUUACAGAGAACAGGCCGAAAAUAGCUCCAAGACCGUGACCCUCGACUUGACUCAGUAUGAAGAGGAGGGCGGAAAUGUUGUUGCAGGAGAGUCGGAGUCAGCUGCCCCGGUAUCCCAGGCUGUCUAG